AUGAAGGAUUCCCUCUCCCUCUUCUUCUUAUUCCUCCUAUGCUUCAUUGACCUUUCUACCCCUUUGACCCCCGACGGCCUCUCCCUCCUCUCCCUCAAAUCCGCCGUCGACUCCUCCUCCGCAUUCUCCGACUGGAGCGACUCCGACGCCUCGCCGUGCCGAUGGACCGGCAUUUCCUGCAUGAACAUCACCGGCUUCCCCGACCCCCGCGUCGUCGGGAUCGCCCUCUCCGGCAAGAACCUCCGCGGCUACAUCCCCUCCGAGCUCGGCAACUUAGUCUACCUCCGCCGCCUCAACCUCCACACCAACAACUUCCACGGCUCCAUCCCCACUCAGCUCUUCAACGCCACGUCACUCCACUCCCUCUUCCUCUACGGUAACAACCUCUCCGGCCAGCUCCCGCCGUCCAUCUGCAACCUCCCCCGCCUCCAGAACCUCGACCUCUCCAACAACUCCCUCUCCGGCUCUUUAGACACAGUCUUCAACAACUGUAAGCAGCUGCAGAGACUGAUCCUCGCCGGAAAUAAAUUCUCCGGCGAAAUUCCGGCCGGGAUUUGGUCCGGCAUGGAGAAUCUCCUCCAGCUCGACAUCUCCGCCAACGCCUUCGCCGGACCGAUCCCGGCCGAUCUCGGCGACCUGAAGUCGCUCUCCGGCACGCUCAACCUCUCGUACAACCACUUAUCCGGCGAGAUUCCGAAGUCGCUGGGAGAUUUACCGGUGACGGUUAGCUUCGAUCUCCGUCACAACAACUUCAGCGGCGAAAUCCCCCAAACGGGGUCGUUUUCGAAUCAAGGCCCAACCGCUUUUCUAGGCAACCCUCUCUUAUGCGGCUUUCCGCUUCAGAAAUCAUGCAAAGACCCGGCUCCGAGCUCUCCGGGUACUGACCCGAACUCCUCGCCCGGAUCCGAUAACCCGAAAAAGGGGCUCAGCCCGGGUCUAAUCAUCCUCAUCUCCGUAGCCGACGCCGCCGCGGUCGCGUUCAUCGGUUUGAUCGCACUCUACAUCUACUGGAAAAGGAAAGACAACUCCAACGGCUGCUCAUGCACCGGGAAGAGAAAGCUCGGCGCGAGCAAUGAUAGACAAAGCCGGCUCUGUUGCUCCUGCAUCAGCGGCGGGUUCGGGAACUCGGACUCCGAACCCGACCCGGAACGACCCGCCGAGAGGGGAAAAGGCGAGGGAGAGCUUGUGGCGAUUGACAAGGGGUUCACAUUUGAGCUGGACGAGCUGCUGAGAGCUUCGGCGUACGUGUUGGGGAAGAGUGGGUUGGGGAUAGUGUAUAAGGUGGUGCUUGGGAAUGGGAUUCCGGUGGCGGUGAGGAGGCUCGGGGAGGGAGGGGAUCAGAGGUAUAAGGAGUUCGCGGCGGAGGUGCAGGCCAUUGGGAGAGUGAAGCAUCCGAAUGUGGUGAGGCUGAGGGCGUACUAUUGGGCGCCCGACGAGAAGCUUCUCAUCAGUGAUUUCAUUUCUCAUGGGAACUUGGCCUCUGCGAUCCGCGGGAGAAAUGGUCAGCCUAUAAGCCUCUCAUGGUCGACAAGGCUGAAGAUCUUAAAGGGAACAGCGCGAGGCUUAGCCUAUCUCCACGAAUGUAGUCCUCGGAAAUUUGUCCAUGGGGACAUCAAGCCCUCCAACAUUCUCCUAGACAACGAAUCUCAACCCUACAUUUCGGAUUUCGGACUCAACAGACUGAUCACCAUCACUGGCAACAACCCUUCCUCGGGUGGCUUAAUGGGUAGUGCUCUCCCUUACAUGAAGGCUGUCCAAACAGAGCGAGCCAACAACUACAGAGCCCCUGAGGCUAGAGUGUCGGGUAGUAGACCAACUCAAAAAUGGGAUGUUUACUCAUUCGGAGUUGUCUUGCUGGAGUUGCUCACCGGAAAGUCUCCGGAGAUGUCUCCAACUAGUACCUCAACUUCCAUGGAGAUACCGGACUUAGUGAGGUGGGUGAGGAAAGGAUUUGAGGAUGAAAACCCUCUUUCGGAUAUGGUAGACCCUAUUUUGCUUCAAGAAGUCCAUGCCAAAAAGGAAGUGCUAGCAGCUUUUCAUGUAGCACUUGCUUGCACUGAGCCUGAUCCUGAGGUUAGGCCUAGGAUGAAAACCGUCUCCGAGAAUCUUGAAAGGGUUGGAUCAUGAUUCAUGAGGAGACAGCAUUUUCUAGUCAU